CGGGGCCAGCAGCCGCCAGUCCGUCUGCCAGCCGGGGCCAUGGGCUGCGACGGCCGCUUGUCGGGACUGCUCCGCCGCAACCUGCAGCCCACGCUCACCUACUGGAGCGUCUUCUUCAGCUUCGGCCUGUGCAUCGCCUUCCUGGGGCCCACGCUGCUGGACCUGCGCUGCCAGACUCACAGCUCUCUGUCCCAGAUCUCCUGGGUCUUCUUCUCCCAGCAGCUCUGCCUCCUGCUGGGCAGCGCCCUCGGGGGCGUCUUCAAGAGGACCCUGGCCCAGUCACUGUGGGCCCUCUUCACCUCUUCUCUGGCCAUCUCCCUGGUGUUCGCCAUCAUCCCCUUCUGCAGCAAUGUGAAGGUGCUGGCCUCCGUCAUGGCGCUGGCGGGCCUGGCCAUGGGCUGCAUCGACACCGUGGCCAACAUGCAGCUGGUGAGGAUCUACCAGAAGGACUCGGCCAUCUUCCUCCAGGUUCUACAUUUCUUUGUGGGCUUUGGGGCUCUGCUGAGUCCCCUUAUCGCGGACCCCUUCCUGUCUGAGGCCAGCUGCUUGCCUGCCAAUAGCACAGCCAACGCUACUUCCGGCAGCCACCUCUUCCAUGCCUCCAGGGUCCUAGGCCAGCACCAGGCUGAGGCCCGGCCUUGGUCCAACCAGACGCUCCCUGGGCUGUCCCCUCAGGAUGGGGCAGGAACCCACGUGUCCUACGCCUUCUGGAUCAUGGCCCUGAUCAACCUCCCAGUGCCCAUGGCUGUGCUGUAUCUGCUGUCCAAAGAGCGGCUGCUGACCUGCUGCCCUCAGAGGAGGCCCCUGCUCCUGUCUGCAGAUGAGCUCGCCCUGGAGACACAGCCUCCUGAAAAGGAAGACGCUUCCUCGCUGCCCACAAAGAGCCAGCCAUACCCAGCACAUGAGGACCUGUUCAGCUGCUGCCAGAGAAAGAACUUCAGGGGAGCCCCUUAUUCCUUCUUCGCCAUCCACAUCACAGCUGCCCUGGUCCUGUUCAUGACCGAUGGGAUGACGGGGGCAUAUUCCACCUUUGUGUACAGCUAUGCAGUGGAAAAGCCAUUGUCUAUGGGACAUAAGGUGGCCGGUUACCUCCCUAGCCUCUUCUGGGGCUUCAUCACCCUGGGUCAGCUUGUCUCCAUUCCCAUCUCCUCCAAAGUGAAGCCAGCUACCAUGGUUUUCAUCAAUGUGGUCGGCGUGGUGGUAACAUACCUGGUGCUUCUUGCUUUCUCCUACAAUGUCAUCUUCCUGUUCGUGGGGACAGCCAGUCUGGGCCUGUUCCUCAGUAGCACCUUCCCCAGCAUGCUCGCCUACACAGAGGACAUUCUGCAGUACAAAGGCUGUGCGACCACAGUGCUGGUGACAGGGGCAAGCAUUGGAGAGAUGUCCCUCCAGAUGCUGGUCGGCUGGAUAUUCCAGGCUCAGGGCAGCUACAGUUUCCUGGUCUGUGGCGUGAUCUUUGGUUGCUUGGCUUUUACCUUCUACAUCUUGCUCCUGUUUUUCCACAGGAUGCACCCUGGAUGCUCAUCAGUUCCUAUCCAGGACAAACCACUUGGAAUGGAAAGCUCCGAAUGCUACCAGAGGUAAAACUGGGUGAAGGAGGCAAGCGAAGACAUCCAGCCUCUUGAGCACCAGCAGAGACCAAAGCGUGGAAGAAAGCUGGGGUGGCAGUGGAGUCAAUCUUUCAACACCUUGUUCAGAUCUUCUCCACUGAAUAUUUGCAUAGAAGAAACUGAAUUGAGUUCUGAUACAUGGGUCCUCCGUAGGCACAUCAUUAGUUUACCUGGCUAUUCAAGUUACCUUCCUCGUUCCUGGUUCCGACUUUUGGUGAGAGCUGUCCAGAAUACCGAGAGGGGAAGGAAGAAGAUAGCCAUCUGCUUCACUCUACUGGCCCCUUUCUGCAUGGAUCACAUCCUAGGUAUGAAGAUCACUCUCAGUUGAAGUUUGAAAAAAUAGGUUGAAAUUAUAAAGCUUGAUGAUCAUUGAAAUAUGUAGAUAUAUUUUAAAUUGAUCAAAACAAACCCCAAGUUAUUCACGGCAUGUUCACAGGAUUUAUGUGCUUUUUACUGAAUAGUCCAAAGUCCCUCAAAUUCUUGCUGCUAUCAUUAGUUCAUUCACAAUCCAAAACAGCAAAAGGAAAGUUGAAUCUUGCUAUCUUUGGGACACUAAUUCAGUGAUAUGCAGAGCUAGCUCAUAAAAGCUGAUUGUUAAAAUUUCAUUUUGAAAGCUGGUUGUUAAAUGCAGCCCUUAAUAAAAACUAAAUUAUAGAAACCUAAAGUUAAAUUAUAUUUCAAACAGAGGUAAUAGCUACUCAAAACGCAUCACUUCCUAAUUUCUCCGUAUCUGUGCCCUUGAGGGGAUUUGUAACUGUCGUAUCCGUAUGGGGGGAAGUACCAUAACGGACCCCUGUGCGUCUCUUUACAACUCCACUGUCAGUGAUAGUCGGUUACGUGAGAUCAGCCACGGGGGGAGUAUUUACACCACGGAAACUGGCAAAAGCUCCAAACCAUGUCCUCCCCCACCCCCACGAGAGCCGGCUGUUGUUAAACAGUUACCAGCAACCACUGCUAGUAAUCAACGCUAAUUGGUCAAGAAGGUGCCUGGGAAAGUGGGAUGAAUGUUCUAUUUUUCUGUACUGAUGUUGACUAGCUUACGAAAGGUGUAGAAACAGCACUACGAACUUCUCGAAAAUAACUAAUUUGAACUUCACAUCUUCUAUAGAGAAAAAAUUCUUUACAGGCGUACCUCGAGGAUGUUACAGGUGCGCUUCCUGACCACUGCAAUAACGCGAGUAGCGCAAUAAAGCGAGUUGUAACCUUUUUCCGCCUUCAAUUGGUAAAAAAAUGCAACAUCUGUGAAACGCAAUAAAGUGAGUCGCAAUAAAACGAGGUAUGCCUGUAUCCCACGUCAAGCUCUUUAACAAAAAUGGCUCUACCGAGCACU